CAUCUAUACCCAUAGCCACUACAUCUUGUCGCAGUCUUUCCCUGUGGCCAACCUACCCUUCCGAACUAGUCGCCUUACUCGAUCCUUUGGAUUCGAGUCUUUGUCAUCACUCGAAUAGAGAAGUUUGCCUCUUCGCCGCGCAAGUCCCAGGCAAUCGCGUUUAUAUACACGACCAAGAAGAGUAGAUUUAAAAGGACAACACCAGCACCAUGAACGCGCCAGACAGAUUCGAGCUCUUCCUCCUCGACGAAGGCCAAGAAAAAGUCGAAGAAAAGGCGGAAACUCGCGUUCCUAACACUGCCGUCUUCACCUUCAACAAAGAAGACCAUACCCUCGGUAACCUACUCUCGCAGCGCCUCCUCAAAAACCCCGCCGUCAUGUUCGCCGCCUACAAAGUGCCGCACCCGCUCUUCGCCACCUUCGAGCUGCGCGUCCAGACCGACGGAUCUAUCACUCCCAAAGAAGCGGUCAUGAAGACGUGCAGGGAGGUUAUUGCGGAUUUGAGCAAGUUGAAUGAUAGUUUUCAGACGGAGUGGAUUGGCAAGAGGAUUGUCAGUGAGGGCGAGGCGGAGAGGGCGAUGAGGGAGCAGAAUAAUUUUUAAGGGAGAUGGUGGAAGGGAAGGGAAGGGAAGGGAGAGGGGGAAAUGGGGGGUGCAUGUAAAGGCGUUUUCUUAUGAAGGUGGAUGCUGCGGUUCAUGAUUAUGGCGUUUUUUGGGGGGAUUGACUGCAGGGCAAUACGAAUUUAUCGAAGAAUGAAAUAUCAAUUUGCGCGUAUCGUUGAGCUUACUACAUUAAUUUUGGGAUGUAAUUGCUGUGAGAUGGAGACUUGUGGGUGAGAAAAGGGGGUGAGUGUUGCUUGUUAAUAUUGGGAAGCCAUUAAGUAUUUAGAAGAAUAAA